AGCAUAGAAGCAUCCAUUAGCGAGGCUUCGGUCUGCUUGUGGUGUUCAACGUCGAGUCUCUCCAGCGCACCCUCCCCGCCGCCGCCGCCGCCGCCGCCGCCGCCGCCGCCAUGUCGCCGCUCGCCCGCUCGCUGCUCGCGCUCGCCGCGCUGCUCGCCGCCGCCGACGCUCAAGGGUAUAACUGCGUCACGAAAGAUGUCGGUCAAGUAACAAAUGAUCCUGUUAUACUACCCGAUGUUAAUAUACCAUACCCGGGGGGCCAAGUAAUUUUGCCUAAACAUGGUAUGUGCCCGUAUGACGCGCAGCCGGUUGGUGAAAGGAUAGUGUGUUGCAACAAUCGCCCAUACAAUAAUCAACCCGAGAUCGUGGGACCAGUCCCUCCUUCAUUGUCACCAUUCAAUGUUAUGUGUCAUGAUCUUGGAGGAUGUAAGUGUAGAAUCACCGUGUAUUGUCCCAAUUAAUAAUAACAUUUUAAACUUUUGCGUUUUACGAGUAACACAUUAAAUCAUAAUUUUAGCGGGUCUAUCCCGGAAUUAUUUUGUUUACUCUUAUUUUAUUAAAUUUAUUUCGUUUUACAAAUAACUGGAUUGAGCUUUAUAAAUUGGUAAGGUGGUUCUAACAUUUUCAUAGACUUUUUUGAUCGGUUAGUCUCACAAAUCUGCGUUUAGAGAUUUAACUGGACUAUCAUUUGUUCGCGACCAUGACCAGUGUACUCUGCGUCAAAAUGUCCAAAAUAAAAGCUAACGUAAUAAAUUCUAAAAUAAACAAAAUAAAAUUUAGACCCCUGAAAAUUAUGAAUUAAUACUGUGGCUAUUGACAGACAGGCACUACUAAUAUUCGCUCAUGAAUUACUUUGUGUGAUAUCUUUUUGAAAAUGUAACGUUUACCUACUGCUGUGAUUCUUCAUCUAAGUGUUUACUGUUCUAUUUGACAUAACGUUUGAUUUUUCUAAAUUCAAGUUUUAUUUUUUGUAUAGUGUGCAAAAAAUAAUAUGUUAAAUAUUAGUUAUUGUGUACUUUUACUUCAUGUUUCAAAUAAAGAUUUAAUUGCAUUUAA